UCAGCGUGCGGUUGCAUGGUUGCAGCGGUGUUAGAACCGUCGAUUGUCAAAACUUGACAGUUUCAAUUUUCCACUAUUGGAGAAAAUUCAGGAAAAUUCAGUCAAGGGGGCAAGUGUAGUUUGUAUAGUGAAAAAUUGUAUUUUUUGUACCAAAGCAUUGCAAAAUUGAUCGCAAAUGAAAAGUUGAUUGAAAAUCGUUCGUAUCUUGGAUGUUUGUGGUGAAGCUUUGCCAAAUUUUCUGCCCGGCCUAGACACUAAGGGGUGCAAAAUAAAAUAUGUCAGCAACCUACAGUCGAGUGGAUGAGUAUCCAAUGGACGACACGCUGGAGUAUUUCAUAAAGUUUCCAUCCCCUAAUUUCAAAACCGAAGCGCAGGGAGCGGAAUCCGAUUAUGUGUUUGUUUGCAACGAGACCAAUGUUCCGAUAGUGCUGCUGCUCGGCUGGGCCGGCUGUCAAGACAAGUAUCUUAUGAAAUAUUCUAAAAUCUACGAAGAUCGAGGGCUCAUCACAAUUCGAUAUACUGCCCCGGUAGAGGAUCUUUUCUGGAAACGGACCGCAAUGGUUCAAAUAGGGGAGAAGAUUCUCAAAUUGAUCUAUGACAUGAACUUCGACAGCCAUCCGCUGAUAUUUCAUGUGUUUUCCAACGGGGGAGCUUUCUUGUAUCAGCAUAUCGCCCUGGCUAACAGGCGAUCGAAGAGGCCGGUACAAAUAUGCGGAAUGAUUUUUGAUUCGGCCCCCGGUGAUAGGAGAGUGCUAGGGUUGUUCCGUGCCAUAUCUGCCAUUUUGGGGAAAGAGAAACGAUGCAAUGCGGUGGUCUCUGCUGUAAUGGCAGUGUCUCUCAUUGUCCUGUGGGCUGUUGAAGACACAUUCAAUUAUUUAAGGAACUUCAUUAGACCACUUGGGUAUGAAGUGCAGACGAACCCUUCGCACAAUUUGAAAUACGAAAGCAACGAAUGGCCGCAGUUGUACCUUUACUCGAAAACGGAUCUACUUAUACCAUAUACGGACAUUGAAAAGUUUGCUGCCUAUCGUCAACAAUGUGGCGUCGAUGUGCGGAUGGUGUGCUUCGAUCGAUCGGAACAUGUGAAACAUUAUACGCGACAUCCGCAGCAGUACGUCUACAGCGUUUGCAAGUUUAUCAACGAUUGUUUAACGAACCACUAUAACAAGUACCAUGGUUAGGCCAAAGACAUCACUAUAUCUGAGCACGUUGUUUGAAGAGUCCUUUCACGAAGGAAACCUAUAGGCACUUCGAUAGCCGGAAAACGAAACCUUCUCGCCAAAUGGAGUAAUGCGCAGUUUGAAAAUCAUAACAUUUCCUACUUGUAAACAAUUGCCGAUUUUAACUCCCAAAAAUGGUUCCAUAUGGCGACUGGUUUUCGCAUUGGCCGGAGUUGACAAUGAAAGCAAUUUUAUCUUUCUACAUGACAAACUGAAAGCAACAAAAUUCAUGAAAAUGAUGUUUAGUUGAUGUCUGAUUACAAAACUAUUCCGUUCCGUUUAAAUAUAGUAUUAUAAGAAGCACAAAUUGUAAGCAACCUCUGUUGCAAAUGCACAAUUAACUCUAUGUUAACCAUCGAUUCCAGGAUAGUAAGAUUACAGAUAAGUGCUUUUGCUGAUUUAGAAUUUAAAAUAUUUCGUGAUAUUAACCUCGGAUGCCUUUUUACUUUCCAGUAAAAUUGUAUUAUCUCAUUGGUGUCAUAAAACUAGUCGUUCUCUUGGAGAAAGCAAAGGCUCAUAGUCAAUUUUUACGUUCCAUGUUAUCAUAAAUAUUUACGUUAUUGUUUUGGUAGGAAUAAAAAAAUGCGAAAAUAAAAUAAAUUUUAG